AUGCUACUAGGAUAUUUCACGGUCACGGUUAUUGUUAGCGUGACGAUACCUAGCUCGCUAGCGGUGCUUUUAGAAGAACUAAUCGCAAGCGAACGCCAUCACAUGAAGAUCGUCUCAAGGGUGCUUGGACCAAAUACAAACUUCUCAGAGGACGGCAAAGCUCAAUACGCAACGGUUGGAGAUAUCGAUAAUCAAUACGAGUCUCCAGAAAAGUUAUCAAAAGAGCUAUCGUACGAAACUGCGUGGACAGCAACUGGCAAGCGACAGCUCACCAUCGUCAAAGUUAAUAUAAAACAUAAGGUUACCCAGCCACUGACUAUCAACGCAACUAAGUUACGAAUACCUUUUGAGACGGACACGGGAUUCGAUAUCCCGAAAGCUUUACGACGACGCACUCGGAACUCUCGGGAAUUGUACGGUAGACAUCGGAGAUAUUAUAUACGAACGUAUACCUAUGCCGAGAGAUACCCAUUUCAUACUGUGGUAAAGUUGUCUACGGGUUGCACAGGGACGCUGGUGUCCCCGCGACAUGUCCUGACGGCGGCGCAUUGCCUCCAUACAGGGAGGGACUACACCAAGGGGUUCCGUACAUUACGCGUGGGAUUCUUGUUAAGGAACAGGACAUUCCAGUGGGUUGAUGCAGUACAGGCGAAGCUGCCAUUGGCUUGGACCAUGGGACAGGAUCCCGAUGCCUCGAGGUACGACUACGCCAUUGUACGGCUAGCACAGCGCCACAAGCGCCGGUAUAUGUCGAUCACGUACAGUGAAGAUGAGAGAUUUGGGAGGGAUACAAAAAUUCACUUCACUGCAUUCGAGGACGACAAACCCUCAAACACCAUAUGGUAUAGAACGUGCUUUAUCCGAACUCAGACGAACGACAUGUUGUACCACUGCUGUGACGCGCAACCCGGAUCGUCCGGUGCUGGAAUUUAUGCCUCCUACACAGAUAAGGAGACAGGUGUCCAAAACAGGAGAAUAAUAGGGGUGUUCUCCGGCAACAGGAAUGUCCCCUACCACCCUUGGUGGCCAUAUGUCGGUUGCCCUCCUAUUUGGCGAGGGAACUUCAACGCGGGAAUACGUCUGAACUCACUCAAAUUCGAGCAAAUCUGCAGCUGGCUGGGAGAAAAGCAUUCUGGGCCGGACUGUGUAAAAUUUUCCAAGAGUCAACGUGCGCGAGAACCAACUGCGGCCGAGCAGGGACUUGGGAAGAAAAGGCGAGGUCGUGCUGCAAGGAAAGCAGCAAAAAACCGCAAGAGGAACAAGAGACAAAAACGGAAGAAAAAGAAGAAGAGAAAGCCAUAGUUUUCAUAGCUGGUUUAAACGCCGAGAUCAGUUGACAGCAGUCUCUGCUGGGACAGGGACUUUCGUCUCGAAGCAAUUAUUAUACAUUGAAAUAUUACCAAGUUUCCCCUUGGAAAUAGAAAGUAGCCAGUAUAUUGGCACAUAUUGGACGCAAGGACGCGUUUAGACUAUCAGGGAGAGCAUUAGAUUUUGAUGUAAAUACUUCAAAGUGUUUGUGUCCCUUUAGAGUUUGACGGGAUUAAGACACUCACUAGAUCUGAUGGCCCACCAGUAGGCGCCUGCCAAUCAUCAGAGGAAUGCUUAAUUGCUCUCUCUGAAGCCUCCUAAAGAGCCGCGACUGUCAAAAUCGCAUAUUAAUGUUCCAACUUUCUUAAUCCUUGUCUUGAUGUAAUAGUAGCGCGCAUCGUACUACAAGAUGCCCACUUCUCGGUUCAAAUAGCUGUAAAUAUAUUCUAUAUGAAUAUUAGUAGCGGGGAUUCACUAACUAGGGUAUCAGAACGGGGAUUCUCGUCGUGACUUUUAAGCCCCGAACAAACGGCACCAUGGCGAACGGUCACCAAGCAAGACGCUGCUGCCUCAGCAAAGACGGCGCUGUUUGUAUACUUUUUUGGGACAAGAAUUGGCAGGUGCUUUGAAAUUGUUCCUCAACAUUUGUUUAACUUGUGCCUGUUGGAGGUGUUUCACUGGGCUUUGCCAUCAAACCGGCAUUUGAUAGAAACCUUUACUAUGAAACGUAGGCGCGUUUCAUGAUACAUGCCCCUAAUGUUAAUUAUAAAGGCAGUGGCCAUAUGCUCGACAGUCUGGAAAGGUCCUCAAUGGACUAAGUGGCUGACAGUUUACAAUUUAUUCAAAUAAACCCUUUUAACUUGUCAACCUAGUGAGUUCAAAGUUGUAUUUGUUGAGAAAAGGCAAGCAAAUUGAGAUUUGUUUUUUGUAUUUAACGUUUUUUUGUUGACAUUGUACACAAUAGAAUCGUAAUUUUAGUGCCACUAAAAUUACGGUUUUAUUGUGUACGUAAACGAAGGAAAACAUCCAAUACCGACAACAAAACUCAAUUCAGGUUUCCUUGCCUUUUCUCAACAAAUAUAGAAUACUUCUAACUCACUAGGUCGAUUAUUUACUGGGGUGUUUGGAAAAAAUUGAAAACUGUCGGGCAUUUAGUCCAUCGAGGACCUUUCCCGACUGUCGGGCAUAUAGCCACUGCUAAUUGUAAAACUAUUAUAAUGCCCUAUUCUCUUUUACUUAUAUCAUUUAAGGUUGUGAAAUAAAGAAAUUACACGCGAA